GGGGAGUGGAGAUUGCCAGCCGUUGCCUGUUGUGUGUGGAACAAGUAAAAGGGUCGUGUGAGGGAAAAGAAACGAUGCCCAAAGGCAAGAAAUCUGGCGGAGCUGAUGGCGGAGGAGGAGGGAAGCAGGAUAACAAAGGGAAAGGUGCCAAGGGAGGCAAAGAUGAUGAUGGUGCUAGUAAGGCAAAAAAAGGAGGAACUUCAGUCAAGGUGCGCCAUAUCCUUUGUGAGAAGCACUCAAAGGCAAUGGAAGCCAUGGAAAAACUGAAAGCAGGGCAGAAAUUCAAUGAAGUGGCCACAGCUUAUAGUGAAGAUAAAGCUCGACAAGGGGGUGACCUCGGUUGGAUGACACGCGGUUCCAUGGUAGGUCCAUUUCAAGAGGCUGCAUUUGAGCUACAGACCAGCACUGUUGACAGGCCUGUCUACACAGAUCCCCCAGUCAAAACUAAGUUUGGCUAUCAUAUUAUUAUGGUAGAGGGGAAAAAGUGACCCAUGUUGAUGGUAAUCCCUUUUUUCAAGAAAAGCCAGUUUAACAGAAUGCAUUGCAUUUUUUUAUGAAAGUGGUAUAGGAUGAUACUGUUUCUGCGUGCAAGCAAUUAAUAGCUGUGUCAUUUAUGCAAAUGCAAUACACUAUGGGGUAGGUCAAUGCCUUAUGGGGAAGGUUGAGAUAGACCAAGUUACCUUACACAUUUUCCAUUCAUUUUGCAUUUAGUCUGUGAUUGUUUGGAAUGAGGACUGUGGGGUUUUUCUUGAACAAAACACAGCUCUUAAAAAGCACUAUAAUACGCACUGGGAAUCAACAUAAUUCAACACACAGUUUUGGCAACUAACAUAAGAUUUUAAAUCUCAUGUUUUCAAAUUGAUUUUUGAUUAUUGUUGACAAAUGAUUUCCAUCAUCGCAUAUCUUCCCUAUUCUUUAAACACUUUUAGUUGUGCUGAAAUAUUUUGUGUAUAUUUAGAACUACGAAACAAAAGAAGGAAAUGUAGCACAAACAGCAAUGUGUAUUUGAAUUGCAUUAUGAUUUAAUAAUAAUUUAUUGUUAGAUAAUAAUUAAUAAUAAUUUUUUUGUGUAGAAAUUCCUUCGUUAUAACAUUUCUGGAAGUCUGUGCCCUCUGGUGCUUGCACUUCCUACAAAAAACAGGAGGGCAACUGUGAUUAUUAACUUUCUCUAAAAUAGUGUCUGAGUAUUUACAGACUCAAAAAAGGGUCCAAGUUCACCAUAGUUCUCGCAAAAAACGGGGCAUUUUCCCUCUCCCCCCCGGGUUCCUCCCCCUCCGCUUCCCCUACUGCUAUCUCAGCUAUAUCUACAGUUUGCCAACGAUUCGCCGCAGGAUUUUCCAGCACCUGCGGGUUGUUCAGAUGAUGUUUGCACGGGCUUGUUAGCCGCAAAUGUCACCAGUUCACUUCCGGAGGUACGACGGAAACCUCAACCGUUAAGACAAAAGAAUCUACUAGAAUCCGAUAUAUUUGACAGGCCAUCCGCUCUAAAUUACCAAUCACACCCUCAAAGAAACUUCCAAUAGACACACUGCUUCCAAUAUUUUGAAAUAAUUUUCGAGUGUUCCGUUAAAAAUCAUCGGAUAUUGUUAGGUAAUCGACCGGAAGUAAACUGGUGACAAUGCGGCUUUAAUACGCACCCUCGCGCGCCAGGGUCCAACUCUCAUAACCCGAGGCCAAGGAGGGUCUUAUGGUAUCAGAGGGGUAGAGCAUGGUGCGCAAAAUGGUGAAUAAGUUCGCCAAUAGUUCCUUUAUCUUGUUGUCAACCGAAAGAUGCCAGCUAAAGUCUGAUGUUGGCGCUUUGUGCAAGGGGCUUGGUAUAGCAAUGAUUGUCGUAAUAAUAGAUUAACAAAAGACUUAAAUAAAAAAAGAAGAACAUCCCAA